CAUUCCAAACGUCUGGUUUUUUUUUUCAGGGCCUCGCUGCUCUGCGCGCAACAGCAACGCCGCGCCGCGGUCCCGACCAGGAAGUGAAUUUGAAGAAAAUAAGCGACUGUGGAGGUAGAAUGACAUAGAGGGGGAGAGGUGGGAGAGAAGCAAGCGGAGAAAGAAGAGACCGACGGAGGGAGGGAUCGACCCUGUUUCUGGACCUGUACUGAGCUGCUCCCCUCUUGGAUAUAGGGCAUAACACACCGCCAAAAAAAAUGCUCAUAAAGGAAUUUCGAGUGAUUCUUCCUAUCUCCGUGGAGGAGUACCAGGUUGGCCAACUGUACUCUGUAGCUGAGGCCAGUAAGAAUGAGACGGGUGGAGGAGAAGGAGUGGAGGUGCUAAAAAAUGAGCCCUACGAGAAAGAUGGCGAGAAGGGACAGUACACACACAAAAUUUACCAUUUGCAGAGUAAAGUGCCGUCAUUCGUCAGAAUGUUGGCUCCAGCUUCAGCUCUCAACAUCCACGAGAAAGCCUGGAACGCAUACCCAUACUGUCGCACAGUUAUCACUAACGAGUAUAUGAAAGAUAACUUCCUGAUCAAGAUUGAGACAUGGCACAAACCUGACACGGGGCACCUCGAUAAUGUACACGGUUUGGACGCAGAAACCUGGAAGAAAGUGGACGUAGUCUAUAUCGAUAUCGCAGACAGAAGCCAAGUGGAUUCGAAGGACUACAAGCCAGAGGAGGACCCUUGCAGGUACAAGUCAGUGAAGACAGGACGAGGCCCUCUAGGACCAGACUGGAAGAAGGAACUUCCUAAGAAGACAGACUGCCCACACAUGUGUGCCUACAAACUGGUCACUGUCAAAUUCAAGUGGUGGGGCCUGCAAAAUAAAGUGGAGAGCUUCAUUCAAAAGCAAGAGAAGCGUUUGUUCACUAAUUUCCAUCGUCAGCUGUUCUGCUGGAUUGACAAGUGGAUUGACUUGAACAUGGGAGACAUCCGUCGCAUGGAGGAGGAGACACGCAAGGAGCUAGAUGAGAUGAGAGUGAAGGACCCAGUGAAAGGGAUGGUGGCUCUAGAGGACUGACGUUGUGUUGGACCGUGAAUGCUGCUGCUAAUCAGACCAGACUACCCAGACACCAGCGGAUUCACAUCCUACGUCUAUUCCUACAGACACAACAUCUGACCGGCUGGUCCAACUCCCCCUUGCCCCUCCCUCCCUUGGUACAAUCUGGUUUUCAGGGACCUGGACCCAGUAAACUCCCAGUUUUCUGAUGAUCUCCUCCACCACAUCCCACCUCCCUUGACUCCCAUCCAUAUUUUCAUCCAGUGUCCUCAUCUUAUUAAGUGCUCUGAGGCCUCCAGUAGCAACACUUUAGAUCUUGUCAAUCAGUCCUCUCUUUCUCUCUCUCAGCCCUGAAACUGUUCUACACUACAGAGAAUAAUGUCAUUUAUCUCUGCAAUUUAGAAUCUAUUUCUAUUUAAGAUAUCCCAAUGGUGUAUAUAUACAGUAUACCAUAUAUCGGGGAGCUGAAUAAUUGUAU